CCGACCUGCCCGUCCGGCGCUCCCUCGGGCCGGGGCGGGCCGGGCCCCGCGGGCUGUCCCCGACGGCGGCCGCUUCUCCUCGUCCCCUGCGCGGUUCCACGCGGAUGGACGCGCUGCCGCUGCUCGUUUCCCCCCGGCCGCGCCGCACCGCCGCCUGAAGAAAACUUGGGACGGGGACGGCCCCGCCCGGGCUGUGGGGGACCCUUUCCCCGCUCCAAGUUCGCGGGGGGACCCACCCGCCUGCCACAGGACUCCGGGCCGGGACCGCCGCCCAGCGCUCCCUUCCCUCGGCGAGAGCUCGGCGGGGACCCCCUGCCCCUGGCCUCGGUGCUGGGGAGGAGCGGGGGUGCCCUGGAUGGCCCUGCGCACUGGGACAGCUUGGUUUGGGCAGGUCUUGCGCAGAGUUUCCCGGCUUCAAGGCACCUGGUCCCGGCGCUCCAGCAGCCUCCUGUGCCUCUCCUCUUCCCAGGAGCCCGAGCAGGCGGGCGGGGAGCGGCCGCCGCCGCAGCACAAGCUGCCCCGGAGCAGCCGCCAGCCCCCCCGGCAGCUGCCCCCCUGCUGCGGCUGCUGCGGCCUGUCGGAUCCCCGGGCGGCCAGGGGGGGACAUGGUCCCCUCACUCGCCCCUUGCUGGCGGCCAUGAAGAGGCAGAACGUGCGGACCCUGUCCCUCAUCAUCUGCACGUUCACUUACCUGCUGGUCGGGGCUGCCGUCUUUGAUGCCCUGGAGUCCGACAACGAGAUGCGGGAGGAGGAGAAACUCAAAGCCGAGGAGAUCCGGCUCAAAGGAAAGUACAACAUCACCAGUGAGGACUACCGGCAGCUGGAGUUGGUGAUCAUGCAGUCCGAGCCACACCGGGCUGGUGUCCAGUGGAAAUUCGCCGGUUCCUUUUACUUUGCCAUCACAGUCAUCACGACCAUUGGUUACGGGCAUGCUGCCCCAGGAACAGACGCAGGAAAGGCCUUUUGCAUGUUCUACGCAGUCCUGGGGAUCCCACUGACACUCGUCAUGUUCCAGAGCUUGGGCGAGCGCAUGAACACCUUCGUCAAGUACCUCUUGAAACGCAUCAAAAAGUGCUGUGGGAUGAGGAGCACCGAGGUCUCCAUGGAAAACAUGGUCACUGUGGGUUUCUUCUCCUGCAUGGGAACACUCUGCAUUGGAGCAGCAGCCUUUUCCCAGUACGAGGAAUGGAGCUUUUUCCAUGCUUACUAUUACUGCUUUAUAACAUUGACUACGAUAGGUUUUGGAGACUAUGUGGCCCUGCAGACCAAAGGGGCCCUUCAAAAGAAGCCUCUCUACGUGGCUUUUAGCUUUAUGUACAUUCUAGUGGGGUUGACAGUCAUAGGGGCAUUUCUAAAUCUGGUUGUUCUCAGGUUCUUAACCAUGAACAGUGAGGACGAGAGGCGGGAUGCUGAGGAACGGGCGUCCCUGGCGGGGAACCGCAACAGCAUGAUUAUCCACAUCCAAGAGGACUCCCAGCAUGGUCGGCCACGGUACAAGGCCGAAGUAACAGACCUUCAGUCAGUUUGUUCCUGCAUGUGUUACAGGUCCCAUGAGUACACCAGCCGGGUGGUGUCCCACCAAAAUUCGUUCAGCUCGAAGCUGAACCCCCAGUACUUUCACUCCAUCUCUUACAAGAUAGAGGAGAUCUCGCCAAGCACAUUAAAAAACAGCCUUUUCCCAUCUCCUGUCAGCUCCAUCUCACCUGGGUUGCACAGCUUUACAGAUAACCACAGGCUGAUGAGAAGGCGAAAGUCCAUUUAAAGUGAUUUGUCUUUUGCUUUCCUUGUUUUCUCCAGUCCUUCUCUGUUGUUUUGUUUUUUCCGUUCCUUGAGUGAGACGGAGUGAGGCCAAAGGGAGUAGAGAAAGCCAGUCCUCCUCUGAGACUCAGCUCUUGAGCAUGAAGCAUGGAUUAUUACUGUUCCAGCAAAGUAUGCCUUACAUUACCCCCUCGGUGGAUGUCAGAGGAUUCAAGGUGACGUGAAGUGGGUACCAAAUCCAAAGUUGCACACACAGCUGGGAGCCUUCAUGUGCCACUGGCACUCCUGACCUAAUAAACUAUUUUCCUCAUGGGCAGGUUGCAGCGUGCGUGUGUGCUUGUAUGUGUGUUGGGUGUGUGUGGGUGUGUGAGCGUGCAAUUCCACAACUAGUGCCAUGCGACAAAAAUUAAAGCAUCAGGUAUUAUUUUUUUUCCCUUGAGGCAAUUGUGUUCCAGCCUGCUUUUAUCUUUUUGAUUGCUUCCAAACAGAAUGGGGAGGUGGGGAGGGAGCCAAUUUGGUUUUUUUAUUUGCCAAGACAAGCAUGCGCCAUAAGCAGUCAAUAUACCAGGUGUAUCAUGGUAAAUUUUUUAAUGCUAGAUUUUAGAUUGUAUUAUCAUUACAAAAAGGCAGGAAAUGAUGGAUCAUUUUAACUUGCCAGUUCAAAAUUUAAAAAGUAAAAUAGAGCAUGCACUUUGUAAAACUGGUAUGCAUAAUAAAAACACAAGAAAAAACUAGCAAUGGAAUUAAUAAUCAAAAGCAAGUAAUCCUAUUGAUUUAACUAUAUUUACUUUCACUGUUUGAAACUGUUCCAACAAUUUGCAGAUGGAAUUAUUUAAGGUAAAUUGGAAAACCUGUUGGAACUAAGGAGUGUGUUUUGUUGUUUUUAUUUUAUUUAUAAAAAUUAUUAUUAAUAAUAAUAUUUUUAUUUUAUUAUUAUUAUUUUAUUGUGCAGCAAUUACCUGCAUGAAUAGGAAUUCUAUUUUUUGGAAUGCUUGGAUUAGGAUGGGUAUAAAUAGGUGGAUGUAUAUUUUUUCUUAUAUAAUAGUGACAGAGCAUUCCUUGUUUUAAAUAAAAAAUAAAGAUGAUUGUCUCUAAAUGCUUUUGAUUUGUAAAUAAUGGAAAGCCUUUGUUGGUCUCAGGAAGAAUUCAAGGGACAGUAUCUUGUGUUUGGCUCACUGGGAACUUGUGAGAUUAGAUGUGAUAUUGCUUCUUUCCUGUGUGGAAAGGCAAAAUGCAUUUAGCACUCAUGGGCAAAAUCAGCUUUACUCCAGUAUUUAGAGGUUACCACUGGGAGUAAUUGCAUUGGCAAGCUGUAGUAGACGAUGUUGAGACCAUGUGAUAGAGUUGUUCCUUGGAGAUUGUCCAUUGCUUGGUUACUCAUCUGGACCAAACAGAUUUUACAAAACCAAAUUAGAGGCCUAAUCCAGCUCCCUUUUAAGACAAUAGGAAUUUACAGUGAUUACAUAAGAUUUAGUGCUUUGGGAGAUUUAUCUUUGAUUUGACGGGGGCAGGACUGGGAAUUUUAUAAACCUGCAACAUUGUCUUUGAUUUAAUCCUAUCUUUUAAAUCGCCUUCUGUGUUAAUUUGUCAUACAAAGCACAUCUUUUUUUGGCACUAUGCACCUCCUGCUGAUUCUACCAUUUUGUGCUUUCAGUGUAAAAGCAAUAAUCCUCUAUAUUUAACAUUUUUUUUUUUGGUAGAUAGUGUGUUUUCACAAAAAAAACCCAGCUCUAAGCUCUGUGUGCUAAUGGACAUUGAUAUCUUUUCAAAAGGGCAUCUAUGAAGAGCAUUAAAAGGGAGAAAUAAGGAACGCCCUUCUUUUUCUGUUCUCCUUGACCUUAAGUUAUUAACAAUAUCAAACACAUUUGUGUUCUCCUAAUUUUGAUAUUUGUGUUUCAACAAGUAAAUGAAAAGCAAGGAUCCAUACCUUUAAGUUCAAUGUGUAACUUCCUUCGGGAUUUUAAAAUGCUGUGGCAUGAAAAUCUCCAUUUAGAUUACUUAGAAUUCGUAAUGAGAAUGGAUGAGAAUGAACUUUUCCAGCCUAACAUAUGGGAAUAACUUUUGUCAGUGUAGUAGGAUAGCAUGCUGGAUGCAUUAAUGAUGUGCUGCUUGCACCAUGUCCUGAGGCAAGUGCUGAUGGCAAAAGUGUUGAAGCAAGAGUACCUCGAAAAGCAGCUUCAGGAUGUAUUAAAGCACUCCAGUCAAAACCACCUAGAAGCUAGUUUCUGAAGAGUGGCCCAUAGGGUUCACAGUGCUGUCAAAUUCUCUUUGAUAGCUUUGCUGACAGUAUCCCAGAACUGCAAAUAAUUGUAGGUUUCUUUUCCUGCUAAGGAGAAAAGAAAGAGUAUAUACACGUCCACAUGAUGUAGAAGUGCUGAUGUAUACACGACACUUGAGAAAAGCAGGAAAUCUUUGGGAUGUUACAGAUUUCAGGAGGGUGAAAUGCCAUCUGCCUAUUAAAGAAAAACAUUUGUAACAGGACUUGUAACCAAAACUUUGAACAGUUUGGUCAAAAAGCAGUUACGUUUUUGAAAGCAUCGCUUCGCCUUUCAUUUCUUCCUUUUAGAAGAAGAAAAUCCUGUUUCUGCUGCGUACAAAAAUAAUUUUAAAUGUCCUGUAAAUCGUGUUGAACUCCAGAAUUUCAAAGCUAUAUUCCAGCUGAGUUAUUACUCAUUCUCUUCUCUGAAACCAUAAACGAAGUUAAAUGAAGGGUAUAUUUUAGUACAGGUGGUAUUUAACCAGGGGAGCAGCUUAUCUAGUGGGUCAUGGGCUGUCUGCCAAUUGGAGUCUUUGUGUUAAAACACUGUGGCUUUCUAAAUGCUCUUGUGUAGUGUAAUCACAGUUUCUGGAUGUGGAUAACGAAAUGUAUGUGUGCUGAUAUGAAGGGGCCAUAUCCACAGUGAUGCUUUUCAGACGGUGAGUUGGUGGGAGGGCAUUUGGGAAAAGUGUCUGCAUUCCUUAGGAUUUAAAACUAUUUUCAUAUGGUUCUACUUUCUGUCUGAAGAACUCACGAUUCUGUCCAUUCUGUAUUUCUGGUGCGCAUGAGAUUUUGAAGUGGCAGGACAUUUUCUUUGCAAGCCUCCUUGCAUUCAGAUACUCACAUGAACUCCUACAGAACUUUUCUUUGUGAGCAGCCACAGAUACAAGAAUGCUUGUGUGAAGCCUCGGUAGACCAGGCAAAAUAUGUUGAAAAUGCUUCUCUCACGCUUUUUUUUGGUGGUACUUGACUGAUGUGUGAAUAAUGACUUGGGCUGUCUGGAGCUAGAACAGGCAGCAUUAUAAAAAAGUUGCUUUUGUCAGGGGUUAAUACCAGCUUUCCAGCAGAACAUGCAAAAUCAGUCAGUGAAAGGUGAUUUUUGCCUGUUCCAUUUCUGACUACUUACUGACCUAUGUGAAUAUCAGCUUUCUUCCACAGUGCUGCUUUUCACACCAUAUUUUCUCUGGUACGCUGUUGGUUUUAUUCCACUUAAGGUAUUAUUUCUUUCAGGAGAGCCUUUCUUGCUGUCUAGUCACUCUUCAGAAGCAGGUCUAGUCAUGAAAAGACAUUCUAAUAUCCAAAGUACCUAACCUAUGUUUCCAUAGCACGCAGACUUUUGAUAUCACUUUGUGAUGCACUAUCAUUCCCCAGAGUCUCAUUUCCCCUAUUAUUAAGCAUUAGAAAUAAUAAUAAUAAAUCAGAUUAAUCUAUUUAUGUCACACUAAUGUGCUGUUCAUCAAAACAACACAAAUUUAGCUCCCUGCUGUCAACUUUGAUUACAUAACAACCCUAUUAUCCUAUCAUAUUUCAUAUUACUAUCAAAGGAAAAAAAAUUAGUUUGAUCAGUACAGCACCAGAAUAGCUUUGUCUGAGCAUGCUGCAAUGUGGAAACAAAAGAGGAAACAAUAGAACUGUACAGACACAACUCUGCUUGGUCUGCAUCACUACACAAGGAAUGUCCCAACUGACCUAACUAGGGCUUCUUUGCCAGAACUUUGUAUAUAUAGAUAUGCUUUACAAGGAUAAUUGUAAUGGGACUUAUCUAGAUGGGGUGUCUGGAUGUUAGUUAAAGGAUGCAGAAUAGGUCUUGGUUGUUAUUGUAUGGAGAAGAUGUACAGUGGUAUUCAGCAGUAGACUUCUUUUUGGAUUCUUCUGUAGUAGCUCAUUAGAACAGAAUCACCAGCUUAAAGGAAAAAAAAAAGAAGUGACUAAAUUAAUCUACUGUAAUAUAGGUUGUCUCAUCAGUUUCUUAGUGCUUCGAUCGAAGAAUCAUGAUUUCUGUGCAUUCAUCUUGAGCAAGAUAAUUUCUUGUUUUCUGUGAUAGGUUUGAAGCUUUUGUUAUGGAAAAAAAAAAAAAAAAAAAAAGGAAUCAUUCAUUGUAGAAAGGUUAAAAAAUAGCAGCCAAUAUAAUCGGGAUGGAGAAAGGAAAUGUUCCUAUCCCUUGCUCCUCUGCGGACCAGAGAGCAAGGGCUUGGGUGGAAGUAGCUUUCAGUUGGAGUUUAUGUCCUCAUUUAGCUUUAUGUAAUAUUCCUGUUAAUAUUAGGAUCCAAUUAAGACAGUCAUUUAAAAUCUUUAUGAGGAAGCCAGACCAGAGAGAUGUGUUGGAGUGUGUCCAUUACACUAAUGUUAUGGACUUUUUAAUGCAUAUUUCAACAAGACACUGUUAUUGACUGGAAUCUGCACAAAUUGCAGCGAGAAUCGUGCCACCGCUACUGUCAACAACUAGAACUGCAUAAUACUCACAGAGCUGAAAAAGAAAUAGUCUUUCUAAGCAGCCUGCCUGUCAUCUGUCUUUAAUAUCAAACUUUAUUUUGGGAACUUCAGUAAGACAAACCAUGUGAAAAGGAUUAACCACCAUAAUGAUGCACCAAAAUAAAAAUAAAUAGAAUAAUGACAUUGGACACAGAGAAAUUGAUUACAGAUGGAAGGCACUUUGGGACGCUUACGCUAGUUAAUCUGAGCUCUGAGACUGAAUUAGAGCCAUGAAAACUGUUGGCAGCCUUCUCCAAAACGCAGUUUGCAAUUAUUUAAGAUAUAGAUAACAUCUACGUGGCAGAAAAACUUUCACUAUGAAAAGAAAAGAAAGACAUUGUUCUCAAGAGGAGGGGUAGUCUCCAGUCAAAAACACCAGUGAGGUAAUUCUGAAGACUGUCAUGCUUUGAUCUGGGUAGAAUCAGACUGGGAGAUGUUCUCUGCUCAGACAUAGUCUAUGCUUGGCCUUACUAGCUUGAACAAAAAUUGUCUUGUGGAUGAUUUUUGCUCACCAUUCCUGUUUCCUAACCCAUAUCUGAGUUCACAUUCAUGACUCUCCUGAUCCGUGGUCAGGUUUUUACUGCUUUCUUCAGUGAAAGCAAGACACUAUUCAGCCUGAGUAAUGCUGGUUUGAUUUGCAUACCUGAGGUGGAUGUUACAGCUGUUGAGCUGGCCCUAGCUGGACUAUCCUCUGGAGUUGGUGCCUUUAUGUUAUGCUGUGAACUGGUAAGCUGAAGAGAAAUAAAAGUCUCAAGGGCAAUUUUUUUGUCAUGUAGUCUUUCAGUAUGGUAACCUAGCCAAUUUGGUUGCAACACCCAAAACUAGGAUGAGUCUCUAUUUAUACAUCUCUUACUGAAACUGCAAUCAGAGACUUUCUACAUACUCUGAGAUAUAUCUGUGUCUCCAACUAGUGCUUGCUGUGAACAAAUUUUCCUAAACCUAAUGAUGGGAGUAGAAAGACUUGAAGAUAGCAGUCAACAUGUACAACUUAUGCAAUUGUAGUUUGCUUUAUGGAAUCCAGGCAACCAAAGCUGGCUGCUAAUUUUAGGCUUGAAAUAUUAUCCCCAGAGCCUUCAGCAUUCUGAUGUCUCUCCUUUUGUGAAUACUGUAAUUAGCAAAUAUCCCAGAGCCCUCCUUCACCUUAUUUUCUGACCAUGUAAGGAGUGUUGUCAUACAUUAGUACUCAAAAAAGAUUGGAAAGACAAAAAAGAGAGAAAAGAAAAAUUAAUGCUGCAGUUUUAUUAGUAAUUAAUAUCUACAGUUCGAAACUCUUUUGUCUUUUAGUUCACUUUGAGAAAUGCAGAGCAAACAGCAGCAUGAUAACAUUUAUUACAGCUGGCUAAUUCACAAGUGGAACAAGCAAAUAUAAUAAUUGAAACUAUGCACCAUAAUGCAUCUUCCUUGUGCAUGAGUUCUGCUACCGCUAGCCUGGCUUUGAUUCAUCGUUUAUCUUGUCUGUGGAACAGCUUGCAGUAAUUGCUCUAUCCUGAGCAGUAUACUUGAGGCUAGAAGAAAGAUCCAUUGCACAGGCAGUGUCCCCUUUGGCUUUUUCUGUAUUUCCCCCCCUUCCCUACUCAGACAUUAACUCAUUAGCUUGCCAUUUUGUAGAUGUAUGUUCAAACCCAGGAUCACCACAUUCUGUACUUUCCCCCGUCAUGCAUUAAUGAAAAGCAUUAUGUUACAGAACUGCACCCUGGGGAAGGAAAUGUUCCACUCUAAUUACUACUGACAAAAGAAAUCUACAGAUUGAUUAAAAACAAGAUGUGGGGAGUCAAAUACAAAAUGCGAAGUGCACAAACCUGCAUGGGUGAAAUCCACUUUUGCCCUGACUGGGAUGCCACACAUUAGCCUGUGUGGAGGGCUUGGACAUCAGCAAAAAGUGCAAACAGUGUAAGCCUGCAAAGAGACACAGUGCUUUACUCACUGUGUGUAGAUAAUGUCUGUGAUGUGGUUCCAAAUUAAGGAAAAACCAUGUGCCUUUUGUGUCUUCUAGCCUUUUUGCUAGCCAUCUACCAUUGUCCUCCGAGGCAGGAGUGGCAGGAGAUGUGGGAAGGAUGGAGCAGUUUCAUGGUGGAGUGGAUUGUCAUUGGUGAGACCACAUUACAGUGUUGAUGUUAAAAUGGGACCAGGAAGAAUUGUGUCUCCUAAAGCCUCUUUGCUCCACUGUGCUUUGAAGAGGUCAGCAGCAGCAUCCAUCCUGUCGCCGAAUUAAAAUCUGUACAGUGGCUCAGAAAGACUUGGAGUGUGGUGUCCCUGCUCAUCUUUGAUACCACAUCCCCAUAAUUAUUCAUCAUUAUUAUUCAUAAUUAUUGUUAAAAGGCUAAUUAAUUUGAUAACAUUAUUUAAUUAGAUUAGCUGAAGUAGAGCAUGUAAAUGAUUUGGCCUCCCAGAGUCUGAGAUCUCAGUCUGAAGUCUACUUUCCAAAAGGCCUGCUUGGUAGUGUCACUGCUGACAUGGAGGUCAUGCCACAGGUGUCCUGUUGACAAUGUCAUCUUGGCACAUUGACUGGAGCUGCUCAUGGGAGCGUGCAAGGAAAGGAUUUCAGCUUAGAUCUGAUACAUGGAGUAAUGUGUUUAACUCCCACUGAACUAUAUAGAGGUUUAAAUGUAUUUGUGGAGGUUGGCUGUCAGCCUGAUGUUGUCUUACUUGCAGAGAAAAGAACCAGAGGUGUGUCUUUGAGAGAUGGCAUGAUCUAGAGGGGUGAGUAUUUCAGGAUGGAGCAUGGUACUGGUACCCUUUUAGAGCAUCCCUGAAGGUUCUCAGCUGUGCUGUGUGAGAUAGCUCGUGCUUCUAAGGGAGAGCCCAAAUCUGUCAGCCUGGGAGGGCUGAGCAUAGGGAUGGUUUGCAAACUGGUGAAUGGAGAUGGUACAACUGAGUUCCUCCAUCACAAGCUGGAUUGAUGAGGGAGCUGAUUUUAUAGUUUAUCUUCCCAAGCCCUCUCUGAGUAAGGUUACAGAACAACAGAGUGGAUUUCUUCCUGGCUUCUGAGUGAAGGUGCUGAAGGUUGAGGCUUAUUUCUAACACACAUUUCUAGUGCACCGGGCAAGAGCUCAGAGCAGCAAAUGUCUGGGAAUCCAAGACCAUCUGCAUUUCUUUUGUAAGAUAUGAAUAACACUGCUUGUCUUCUUCAUAGGUGAGUUGCAAAGAUUGACAAGCGUCUGUCUUGGAUUGUGAAAUUAGGGCGUGCUGGGUCUCAUUGCUCAGCAUUUGGCUUAGUAAAGAACUGUGAUAUUAGGUAGGAGAGGGAGAAAAGCAACACUCUAGCAAUUUGUACUUUGAAAAAGGAGGCAGAUUAACAUUUAUCUUUUUUUUUUCUUUUUUUUUUUCUCAUUUGUGACUUCUCUUGAGACACCAUACCUGUUACAGGAAACAAAUUUUCCCAGUGUCACAAAGAAGCCAGAGUUUCUGUUGUGUUUGUGGCAGAGCCUUUGGACAGAUCCAUAGUCUUUUUUUCCUGGUGUUUCUUUUAAAGAGCUUUAUAUGCUUCUCUGAUCUCUCUGAUUUGAAGCAGUUUUCAGCUUCUUGGCUUCAGUUGCUUUUCAAUGACAGCUCUUUCCAUGUGAUUACUCUUUGUAGAAUUCCUGUCACAUACAUUUUCCAGCAAAGGUGGAUAUCAUACUGCUCCUUCUUAGCAUAUAUUUUCAAUUCCCAGCGUGGAAUGAUACUGCAGUCAGAGAUGACAGUGGGAAUCUUCUCCUUGUUGUUAAUACUGAGCUGUUUCUAUUUUUUUCUGAAGAUCAGUGCAACUGAUCUGGUGUAUUCGCCACUGAGAACUCAACACAAUUCUCAUGCUGAUUUACCUCCUUUUUGACUGCUCAGUUGCAUGUACAUUUUGCCCAAGUUGUUAGUUGUGCAGGAAUAUUAUGCAGAUACUGCAGAGUAGGUACACUAACUGUAUAACAACAUUGAGAUCCAGGCAUCCGGGUUACAUGAGGGUUGAGACACCAUUCCACUAGCAGUAGAUUUUAUUAAGAUAUUUCCUGGAUAUCUGGGUGCCUCUCAGUCUUUAACAAGUUUGGUCGGUCCACCCAAAGUUAGUUUGGAUGCAAGCACUGUUGGAUUAAACCCUGUAUGAUAAAAGCAAACUCAUGAAUGUUUCAGAAGAAGUUCUGCCUACUACAAACCUUUUUAACAAGUAGCUAAUGAAGAGAAGUAAUGAGAAACUGGCUCGUUCUUUAGAAUGCAACCCUAAUCUGAAUUUCUUUUACAGAAGGUAAAAGCAGGAAGGUUCUUAUAACGUGCUAUACAACCAAUAAUCCAUCUGCUGCUUUUCUGCCUGGUCAGGAGUGAUCUGUGGAAGAAAAAAAUGUUUUCUUUUUCCUCUUCCCUUGACUUGUUAAGAUUUGUGUGGCUGUUUGUUGCCAUUGAGGAGUAUGGACUAAAACUUUUGAUCUUAGUGUUAUAACGGCAAACAAAAUUAUUUGGAGCUGGAUAGGUCAAAGGAGAAUGGGAGGGGGGCUUAAAAGUUGUUUCCAGUAGGCCAAAAGAAUGUGGAUACUGUCUCUUCAAGGUGCAAUUUCUUACUUCAACAAACUGUUCAUCUAAGAGAAACAGGGAUAAAAGUGUUCAAUUUGGGACCUAAGGAGUUUGUAUGGAAAUUCUUGGAUUUCUUCCAAACACACAUACA